GACAACGCCCGCUUCUGCCUGCUGGCAGGGCUCAUCCUGCUCUACCUGCUGUGUGGGGCGGCUGUGUUCUCCACCCUGGAGCACCCCUCCGAGCUCCGCGCCCGCCUCCUCUGGGACCAGCAGCUGGACAACUUCACCCUGAGCCACCAGGUAAGCCUGGGAGCCCUGCACGCGCUUUUGCGCCAGUAUGAAGAGGCCAACGGGACUGGGAUCAGAGUGGACGCUCAUAGGCCCCGCUGGGACUUCUCUGGAGCCUUCUACUUUGUCGGCACGGUAGUGUCCACCAUCGGUGAGUUGGACAGCUGCUCUCUGUGAGGGUCAGAGUAAGGGUAAUUAAGAUGCAAAAGUUAUUUGCUGUCAUGUAGAGACACAGUAUAAUGUAGAGGAUUUAUUGAGUAGAUGAUGGGGAUGACAAGAGGAAGCUGGGAGGGGAUUAGAUUGAUGAUCGGUGAGACUCCGAGGCACUAAUUGUCAAAUUAGUUGAAUCUGGGCAUGUGAGGUCGUUUAGCUUUUCUGGGGCUUUAGCUUUUUUUAUGUGAUCACUACUCGUGACUGAACAUUGUUAAUGUUUCCAUCUCAUCCCUUCUUUCUCUCAGCUCCUGUCUUCAUGAGUUCAUGUCAACAUAAUUUGGAAGUGCCCAGUACUGUGAAAUGAUGAUCUCUUACAUUCAUGGUAUGAAACGAAAACACUUAUAUCAAUAGCCACUCCACAUCUUUUGUCAUUUCGACAUCUAGUGCUAAGUAAGAACAAAUGUAAAGCCACUUAUUUGACAAACAAUUGGCACAAUGACCCUUCUCUUUUGUACAAUUUCCCACCAGGCUUUGGUAUGACCACCCCAGCAACCAUCCCAUGUAAGAUAUUCCUGAUCUUCUAUGGCUUCAUUGGCUCUUCCUGGAGAGGAUCAUCACCAUGCUAGCCUACAUCAUGUGCUGGUGUCACGAGCAGAGGAUGAGGCGCUCGGGGGUGGGGCCUGUGUCUGGGAUCGAGGAGCCCCGCAGUGAGGAGGACAGUCUGGAGGGCUGGAAGCCCUCUGUCUACUACGUGAUGCUGAUCCUGGGGGUGGCGUCUGUGCUGAUCGCCUGCAGCGCCUCCUCUCUGUACUGCUCCAUGGAGGACUGGAGCUACGUGGACUCCCUGUACUUCUGCUUUGUGGCCUUCAGCACCAUCGGCUUCAGGGACCUU